GCUAGCGCCCGCCCGGCGCCGGGCCAUGGCGCUGCUGCGGGACGUGUCGCUGCAGGAUCCGCGGGACCGCUUCGAGCUGCUGCAACGCGUAGGGGCCGGGACCUAUGGCGACGUCUACAAGGCUCGCGACACGGUCACAUCCGAGCUGGCUGCUGUGAAGAUCGUCAAGCUCGACCCAGGGGACGACAUCAGCUCUCUCCAGCAGGAAAUCACCAUCCUCCGUGAGUGCCGCCACCCCAAUGUGGUGGCUUACAUUGGCAGCUACCUCAGGAAUGACCGCUUGUGGAUCUGCAUGGAGUUCUGUGGAGGGGGGUCCCUGCAGGAAAUUUACCAUGCCACCGGGCCCCUGGAGGAACGACAGAUUGCUUAUGUCUGCAGAGAGGCACUGAAGGGUCUCCACCACUUGCAUUCUCAAGGGAAGAUCCACAGAGACAUCAAGGGAGCCAACCUUCUCCUCACUCUCCAGGGUGAUGUCAAGCUGGCUGACUUUGGCGUAUCAGGCGAGCUGACAGCAUCUGUGGCCAAGAGGAGGUCUUUCAUUGGGACUCCAUACUGGAUGGCUCCGGAGGUGGCCGCUGUGGAGCGCAAGGGUGGCUACAACGAGCUGUGUGAUGUCUGGGCCCUGGGUAUCACUGCCAUUGAGCUGGCUGAGCUGCAGCCCCCUCUCUUCCACCUGCACCCCAUGAGGGCCUUGAUACUCAUGUCAAAGAGCAACUUCCAACCACCCAAGCUGCGAGAAAAGACACGCUGGACCCCGAACUUCCACCACUUCCUCAAGCUGGCCCUGACCAAGAAUCCUAAGAAGAGGCCCACAGCUGAGAAGCUUCUGCAGCACCCAUUUACGACACAGCACCUCCCUCGGGUCCUCCUUACCCAGCUUCUGGACAAGGCCAGUGACCCCCAGCUGGGAACCCUCUCCCCUGAAGACUGUGAGCUGGAGGCGUAUGACAUGUUUCCAGACACCAUACACUCGCGGGGGCAGCACGGCCCAGCCGAGAGGACACCCUCCGAGAUCCAGUUUCACCAGGUGAAAUUUGGUGCCCCUCGCAGGAAGGAAACGGACCCCCUCAAUGAGCCGUGGGAGGAAGAGUGGACACUUCUGGGAAAGGAGGAGCUGAGCAGGAGCCUGCUGCAGUCAGUCCAGGAGGCGCUGGAGGAAAGGAGCCUGACCAUCAGGCCGGCCUCGGGACUGCAGGAGGCGGAGUCCCCAGAUGAUGCCAUGGGAACCAUCAAGCGGGCCCCGUUCUUGGGGCCACCCCCCACUGAGCCAACAGUUGAGGACCCUCAUUCCAGCCCCCCAGGAAUUCUGCCCCCUCCCCCACCAGGGCCCCACAGCCCCCCGCUGCUGCCUACAGCCUGGGCCACCAUGAAGCAGCGGGACGAUCCUGAGAGGUCUGCCUGCCACGGACUGCCCCCCACCCCCAAAGUGCAUAUGGGCGCCUGCUUCUCCAAGGUCUUCAAUGGCUGCCCCCUGCGGAUCCACACUGCUGUCACCUGGGUCCACCCUGUCACUCGAGACCAGUUCCUGGUGGUGGGGGCCGAGGAGGGCAUCUACACUCUCAACCUGCACGAGCUGCACGAGGACACACUGGAGAAGCUCAUUUCCCACCGCUGCUCCUGGCUCUACUGUGUGAACAACGUGCUGCUGUCACUCUCAGGGAAGUCCACACAUAUCUGGGCACACGACCUCCCUGGCCUGUUUGAGCAGCGGAGACUACAGCAGCAGGCCCCCCUCACCAUCCCCACCAAUCGCCUCACCCAGCGCAUCAUCCCCAGGCGCUUCGCACUGUCCACCAAGAUCCCAGACACCAAAGGCUGCCUGCAGUGUCGUGUGGUGCGGAACCCCUACACGGGCAGCACCUUCCUACUGGCUGCACUGCCCGCCAGCCUGCUCCUGCUGCAGUGGUAUGAGCCACUGCAGAAGUUCCUGCUGCUAAAGAACUUCUCCAGCCCUCUACCCAGCCCAGCUGGGAUGCUGGAGCCACUGGUGCUGGAUGGGAAGGAGCUGCCCCAGGUGUGUGUAGGUGCCGAAGGGCCUGAGGGGCCCGGCUGCCGAGUCCUGUUCCAUGUCCUGCCCCUGGAGGCUGGCCUGACUCCGGACCUCCUCAUCCCACCUGAGGGGAUCCCAGGCUCAGCCCAGCAGGUGAUUCAGGUGGACAGGGACACAGUUUUGGUCAGCUUUGAACGCUGCGUGAGGGUCGUCAACCUGCAGGGCGAGCCCACAGCCACACUGGCCCCUGAACUGACCUUUGACUUCCCCAUCGAGACUGUGGUGUGCCUGCAGGACAGUGUGCUGGCCUUCUGGAGCCAUGGCAUGCAGGGCCGCAGCCUGGACACCAACGAGGUGACCCAGGAGAUCACUGAUGAGACAAGGAUCUUCCGAGUGCUGGGGGCCCACAGAGACAUCAUCUUGGAGAGCAUUCCCACCGACAACCCGGGAGCACACAGCAACCUGUACAUCCUCACCGGCCACCAGAGCAGCUACUGAGCAGCCCCAGCUCAGCCCAGGCCUUAGCUGCCCCAGUGGGGAUAGUGGUCCCUCUCUGCUAAGCCGGAGACAGAAAUAAUCCUGAGAAGUGUUAUGGGGCUGGGCCGGGGAGAGAGGGAGCCCAGCCUCAGCAAUAACUGGACCAGAGGAAGCUGCCGCCACCACCCCUCCCUGCAGGUCACCCCAUCCCUGGUGUGGGGACCCAGGCUGAUGAGGGCGCCUGCCGAUUCAUUCCAUGUCGUCCCACAUUUCCUUUGCACUAUUGCUGCCAAGAGCCUGCCCCUGGCUCUGUCUGGGGAACAUGUAUUUAAAAGAGAGAACUAUAUUAGUAUUAAAGCUGGCUGGUUUUACUCACA